AUGUCCAACAUUCGCUCAAGCAAGAGGCUGAACCUCGGGGCCCAGCUCAGCAGGAGCAGUACAAAAGUCACGAGCGGGCAAGCAUCGUCUUCGUCCGCCAAGGGCUCUCGCAAUCCAAAAUCCGACGAAAAUGCCUCACUGAGUAGGCGAGUGCUAGGAGAGAUCCAGAAUGUCGUCGCUGAUCGCAAGCCCGCCGUCGUUGAGACGUCCGGCUCACCUCGCAAACCUUUCAGCGACCGUAACGCGCCAGUCUCAGCUGGUACCAGCCGCCUUUCAGGCAAAAGCAAACCUUCCGCAUCUCUCAAAGUAUCUCGUCUUGAGGCGAUCGGGAAAUCGAUCCCGUCGAAAUCAACCGCCUCGACCUCGCGAAGAGAGCUGCGAUCGCCAGAGGACUCGCGGGCAAAAGAUCCGAUUACCGCUUCAAGCUCUCUUGCCAAUACGGACGGUGCGGAUUCUUCUCAGAUAAACUCCGCAAAGCAAAGGAUCCGCGAGGCAGCUCCAAGCCACGACGAAUUGACCCGUCUCUCUCCGGGCCUGGACAGCGAUGAUCUCGGAUACUUUGAUGUCAGCGCGUUGACGCAAAAUCGAACGGGACGAGUAGCAUCCAAGACUGCACAACGCGGCAACAGAGACUCAGAGUCGGAUGACAAGAUCUCGGAUGUAGAUGCAAUCAGAUCAAAUGGCUCUUCGGACAAGGAGAACGUGCCACCCACCGCGGCCGUGGCCAAUGCGAGAGCCCGCAAUCGGCCACCAACCCACUCGCUCGCCACCGUGCUCGGUGACAGAGAUCGGCCUACGCGUUCCACGCCCGUAUCUUCUCAACACCAAGCCGCGAAGAAGAAAUUGCCAAAGAAGACGUUCCUCGACGACAUUUUUCUUGACGAGUCAGAUCAUUCGAGCCGUGCCGACUCUCCAGGUGUAGCCCGUCGAGCCGAAGUUCUGACCGAAUCAGCCCAACAGCUGCAAGAGUACCAGGAUCGGGGCGUAAACAAAGUCAUGGCUUGGAAGGCGGCGGGUCACGACGGAGCUUUCAAGACUCAACAAAAUGCUUUCACGCCAGGAAGCGACGCAGGCAGCACCGCCUCCUGGCCGGCCGACGAUGCACGGGGUCGCGACGCGGCAGAGUACAGGGGCAAUCACUCCGAGAUGGAAGAAGAGUCCGACUACCAGCGCCUUGAUGUCAACGACGACAACAUGGACGAAUUCGGCUUCCUGCUUGCUGAGCGCAACGUCCGAGACCGGCGGGCACGGCCGCAGGCUGAUGAGCAGGAUUACGACGACUUUGAAGCUCGCCUGGCGGACGAUAACGACAGCAACGUCUUUGUCGACCUUCACACGGAGCCACCCGUCAAUACGACUAGCGACGAUCGACGUCUAGCCGAGAGCGCGUUUGGACGCAUGUCUUCCCCAGCAUCUCAUGCACGCGAUGAAACUUCGUCAACGGCGAGCUCCGUCGUCGUGGUGGGACUACGCGAGCCUGGACAAGCGGAAGAGGCCGAGGCUGAUUCCGACGAGGAGGAUGACGUCGGAAUCAAAUUCGAAAGCAAUGUCCCAAAAGGGCGCGCGACGCGAGCAAGCACCCGAACGGGCACCAAGCGCAAGGUCAAUGCUGCAGCCCAAACCGUCGAAGGUCCCUCUCCAUCGUCGUCUCCACCUCAGACACGCAAGGGUAACGCCCGGACGGCCAAAUCGAGCAGGCUGACCUCAGGCAUUCCCUUGAAGAGGACUGAGAAGGAGGAGAUCAAGAUGCUGGAAAGGCUUGCAGCAGAUUCGUCGUCCUCUCCGGCAGACUCCUCCGCUCCAUCCUCGUCGCGACACGACAGGAGGCACAAGGAUAAGACGGGGUCAUCUCCGGCCAAAAAGCUUCGCAUGGACGAACUGAUCAACGAGCUUCCUCGGAGUCGAAGCAAACAGUCGAACAGCAGAGCGAACAAGACCGGUCCAAGCAAGAAGAAAUCAAAAGCUGGCGCAGGGGCCACUCGCAGAGGCGACGGCAAAGGCUCUGCACGCACACUGACAACGAGGACGAGCAGUCGAGGCAAAGCAAAGAAGAUUAUUGUUUCGGCAUCCGAAGAGGAAGAUGAAGACGAAGACGAAUCUCCCUACGAGGAGCUACCGACCAAGCGGCCGCGACGCAGCACGAAAGCCCAGGCGAAGAACAGCAAGGGAAAGCGGCAAGCCAAGCCCAAAAGCGACGUUCGAGAAGACUGGAGAAGUGCAAUUACGUCGUCGCAGAUCCACUCUGACGACUCGGAGCGCACCAAGAGGCUCAAAGAGUUCCGGGCGGCUGAAAAGUACCAAUUGGCGGUCGAAGACGUCCUCUGA